UUGAAGCCUCAUUAAUAGUUUGUUUUUGUGUUUUACUUUGACCUUUGACCUGAGUUUGAAAGGACUUUGCUCUGGUGACUCGUGUUUUGGGGAACUGAAGGAUUUGCUUUUUUGCAGGGCUCUUGGUUUGCUUUGUUCUGCGGUGUGUAGCUGUAAAAAGGAGUUUUUGCAGCUCAGGAAUGAAAACGUGCCUUUUGCUGCUGUAUUUGGCUGGUCUCUGGGGAGACACUCUUACCCUUACCAAAGAAUGUGUGCAAGAACUUCUGGUUGACAGAGACUUCACAGGAGAUGAUGUUCUUCAGAUCUACUCUCCAGAUGUUGCUCACUGUCAGACGGCCUGUACCCAGCACCACUUAUGCCUGUUCUUCUCUUUUCUCCGACCCGAUUGGAAAACAGACAAUCGUCAAUUCUACUGCUACCUGAAGCACACAACUUCAGGGACACCUUCUAGGAUUGUUAAUUUGAAAGGAGUCACAUCUGGCUACUCCCUCAGACACUGUGGUGAUGAUCACAGCAAGGUCUGUCUCUCCCAGGUGUACCAGGAUGUUGAUUUUCCUGAGGCUGACUUCAUCGCCCUCUUCACCGACACUUACAAGCAGUGCCAGCAGGCUUGCACCAAGGAGCCAGGCUGCCAGUUCUUCACCUUCUGCACAAAUGACUUUGACCCACCUCAGUACCGGAACAAGUGCCACCUGAAGUACAGUCGGACCCUCCCUACCCCUCCAACAGUGAAGGUCUUAAAGGGUGUGGUAUCAGGUUUCUCCAGGAGACUCUGCAGCCUGUAUGGUCCGAAUGCUGAAUGCCAAUCAGAGAUCCUGAAAAACACGGAUUUUCCUGGAAAUGACUUUGAACAAGUGCACGUGCCCUCCCCUGAGCACUGCCGCAUCCUGUGCAAUGACCACCCUAAAUGUACCUUCUUCUCUUUCUCCACUGGGAAUUAUGACACCAGUGAGGACAGGUAUAAAAUGCUGUGUUGGUUGAAGCACAACACAAUAGAGCGACCUUCCAUCUCCAAAGCUGAGAUAAUGUCAGGGUUCCCAACCCGUUUCUGCGACCCUUCAAAUGUCUGUACACUACAGAGGUACGAGAAUGUUGAUUUCCUGGGGUACGACAGGCAGUAUGUCAUACGUAACAGUGCCACUGAGUGCGAGGAGACGUGCUCUGCUGAUCCUGACUGCCAGUUUUACACAUACAUCUAUAGCACCUUCCAUGACCCCAGCUACAGGAAUAGGUGCUACCUGAAGCAGGUGAUUACAAUUCCUUCUCCUCCAAAGGUAAUUGCCAAGAGGAGCGUGGUGUCCGGCUUUCACCUGAGGACCUGCAAAAAACCGAGUGAGGAAGACAAAUUGCCAGGAGUGCUUCCUGAAGCGGGAACUUGUGGCUUGGCUCACAAACACAAGGAGAAGGUAGUGGGAGGUAGCGAGGCGGAGGCUGGCUCAUGGCCCUGGCAGGCCUCGCUCCAGCUGAAGGACAGCCGUGGGGAGGACAUGCAUUUGUGUGGUGCCUCCAUCAUCAACCCACGCUGGGUGGUCACUGCUGCUCACUGUUUGAAAGGGUCCAACCCCUCAAGCUACAGUGUAGUGACGGGAAUGAUAAAACUGUCCGAAGCGAAGGAGUCCCACGAAGUGGAGAAAAUCGUCAAGCACCAAGGAUUUAAUGAUAACACUUUUGAAAACGACAUCGCCCUCUUCAAACUGAAGACUCCUGUUGAAUACUCAGAAACUCAGCAGCCGAUUUGCCUCGCAAGCACACAGAAGGAGGAAGGGUUCUGGUCCCAGAGCUGCUGGGUGACCGGAUGGGGAAAAAUAACCACAGGUGAGCUCCCCAAUGCUCUCCAGCAGGCACAGGUACCCCUCAUCAAACCUGAUGCCUGUGCAUCGCUGAUGCCAGGGAGUCGACUGUACGGCACCAUGCUGUGCGCUGGAUACAAAUCGGGAGGUGUAGACACCUGCCAGGGAGACUCUGGGGGUCCGCUGGUGUGCCAGGCUGAUGGCAAGUGGUACCUGACAGGUAUCACCAGCUGGGGGGAUGGAUGCGGUGAGGCGGAGAAGCCUGGUGUGUACGCACGAGUAGCCAGCUUCACCGACUGGAUCCUCAGUUCCGUCAACGGCUGAUUGUACAAAUGGGCAGGUGUACAGGAACACCUUACAGUCAUAUUAAUAUCUGCAAUAAAGGACAAGGAAGAAUCACCUUCUCGUGGAGU